AUGGAUCACAACGCCAGCAUGAAAAGUCCAGCAUCCUCCUUGCACUCUGGAGCUUAUGAACAAAGUCACGAGAGUUCGUCAACCUCAAGCCAUCAUAAAAAAAUAAAUGCGAAGUUCAUUCUAGCACGGCCGGCCUCAAAGCGAAAGAUGACUUGGCCCGCACCUCGCAGGCUGCUUCAAAUCCAACAAGUCACAUCAGCAGAUCGAGUGAAUGUGUUAGAAUUCUGGAGGCCAGGUCUUUCCAAGUCGAAGUUGACUCGAGCCUUUUCACAUCAACCUAAACUCCAAACGAGCGAUAUCUAUGGAGCUCUUGGUGAUCCUUUUCUCAUUAAAAGACAAGAAUCGGAGAAAAAGUGUGUAAGAGAAACUCUUGACGACACCAAAGAGAUUCACGCCACUUGCGCUAUAUGCCAUGUGAAAGAUCAAGCAGGCGCUCCAGUUAUUCACUUCAAAGAUACAAGUUGCCCAUGGCUGGCCGAGGUUGUAACGAGUGAACCACAGGAGAGAUCUUCAAUUUAUAAGUUCACUCUGAAGCCGAAUUCAGCGGAUAUAAACAGCUCCAAAAACUUCCUCAUGCAGUGGGAAAGGCGUGAUGAAAAUGAAAGCGAAACAAUAUAUUUCGAUAUCUUUUUCAUCGAUCGUCAGCAAAAGCGAAAGCGGCGAGUGGGAUCUAUGGAAAAUGAUUUUAUUGAAAUCACAGCGAGAAAUGAGUCGACAUUGGAAAUGCUUCAGAAUGUGAUGGAUUUAUCAGAACCGGUGAAUACCCUGGAUAAAGCUACUUCUCUGGAGCUGACUCCUGCAUUGGAGAAGUGGCUGUUCAUCCAUAUCCUCACCUUUGGAGCGUGGAUAGCAUUUCAAGAAAAAAAGAUUUAA